AUGGACAGUUUGGGGCCAGUAAUUUUAUGUGGGAAAGGAUUAACAAUAGAAAAUGUGAUUGCAGUUGCUCGCUAUAAACAUUCAGUAGAACUAACAAAUGAUUAUCGUAUACUUAAAGGAAUGAUUGAUUCUUGUGAGUAUAUAUUAAAAAUUGUGAGUGAAUCUCAGGUGCUUUAUGGUGUAACAACACUAUUUGGCGGUAUGGCACAUCGAUCAAUCUCAAGUAAUGAAGCUAGUGAAUUACAAGAAAAUUUAAUUUGUACCCUUAAAACCGGUGCUGGUUCAUUUAUACCCUUAGAAGAUUCAAGAGCAGCAAUGUUAUUAAGAGCGAAUUCACAUUUACUAGGUGUAAGCGGUA